UCUCUGUGUGCAGCAAUCUAGCAGGAAAUUUUAGCCCAGACCUUUAGAUUUCCUGUCAGCGCAAGAGUUUUAUGUGUGUCAAUUAACAAACAUCAAUUUUUAAUCUGUCCCUUUAAUUGUAUCGCCACGCUUGCACCCAGAACCAGCUUUUAUUAUAGCACCCUGAGAAAAUAUGGUCCAGAUCCACUCACACAGGUCUGGGUUGACCUGCCAACAUUGUCUGUGCGUCUCCUGUUAGACAUGUGCUCGUGCUAUCGACUUUACAAGCGUUGUCGCUGCUGCUGAUGAGGGGAAACCGUUUGGAUGUAUUUUAAGGUCCCUCGGGGGCCUGCAGGGACUUGUGGGAAGAUGACCUGAUUUCUAAUUUUUUCCUCCCCUGCCUGGGCUCGUCGCUUCUACAAACGGAGAAAGCCUUGAGAAAGGACCGCGAGGAGAUGACGAGCCGACCCAGCCAGAGCUUCUUGGAAUAUGCAAAGACAUUGUGGAUUUUCUUGAUGGAUUCAAGAGCGGUUUCCAAUCUUUGCCAGUAGAUUCAGGCGAGCACCAAUGGGUGACUUGCAGCAAGAAUAUCCCGGAGUGCUCCUGGGCAUUCUGGAGGAGCUGGCCAUCAUGCGCCAGUGGCUGACGUUCCAGGACCUUUGCCGCAUGGUCAGCACCCGCUUUGAUCUCGAACACCUCGUUGAGCUCAGGGCUUUGCUGUUUGCCGCUGCCAGCAGGGACCCCUGUUUCCCCGCCACUCUGUUCCGAGACCGGGUUUCCACCAGAGGCCAGGGGCUUUCACCCAUAGGGGUCGCUGCAGACAUCGUGACCAUCUUCAAUCUCAUUCAGAUGACCGGUGGAGUCUCUGAAAGCAGCAAUCCAAUGAGAGCCCAGACAGUAAUUCCUGUCGACCUGUCCCCUGGCCCCAAUCUGCCUGGCUUACAUCCCAUGAACCUUCCUGGUCGAGAACGAGCGCGCGCCCACUCUGACUCCAGUGGGAGGCUCAUCGACCAGCACUUGCUUUUUCCAAAAUCAAAUUACUCCGCUCACAAGCGAGGAAGUCUUCCCCCGGAUCCUAUUUCAUUUGUGUCCUCCCCUCCCGCCCGGACGAGGGCUGUGUCUUUUGACUUGCCUCACACCAUACACUCAUACUCCAGCAGUCCUAAUCUUGAUGGGGUAAUGAAGAAUAUCUACCUGCCUCUGGAAACGGACAGUGAGUCGAGCGGAGAAUCUGCAGCAAUGGAAGUGUUUGAAGAUGAACAGGGACCAUCGGUCGACCAGAAGAGAACCGCCUUUAGGAAAGACUUCCACAACCAGCCGCCUCUGAUCCCGCAAGUGACUGUCAGCAGUGAGUCCCCCAGUCCCAAAGCGGGGCACGCCGGCUUUGACAAUCACAGCUUUGAAAUGAUCCCAAAUCCUUACCAAUCGCCUACACCAGUUCACAAGUCACCAGAGGAGCGAGCUAAAGCUAAACAUGAGAGCUUUGAUGAUCUGCAGGAUUCAACUUACUUUGGACCAGGCUCGAUGCCAGAGCCAUCGCCCCGGCACCUUCGACUCCCCAAGACACAAAGGGCCAUCUGGAGUAAUAAGAGUCACAGUCUAGAGGACCGACUAGGCACUGGCAGCAUUGACCUGGGGAUGGAAUCACAGGCAACGCACCUUCCAAGGAGAUCUACCCCUGUUAUAAGUGGGUCCUCAGGACGGGAAGGUGUAGACAUCGGACUGCCAGGUGGAGGUGAUAGACUGAAGGCUCAGGGAACACAGACCGACGCACCGGAUCCCCGGAGACUCCGGAGCCUAGUUCAUGCUGAUCGCCUCUCCUUCAUGACUUCGUUAGACGACCCUGAGUUUGGUGAGGAUGACAUCAGUGCAAUCUUUCGCUUCUUAGAUGACAUAAGCAUGUGUGGAUCCACAGGAGUCCUGCACCCCAGCGAUGGCACUGCUAACCAGGACACCCCGGAGGCCCGACGUGGCCGCUUGGGCCAACUCCAAAGGCUUUUCCAUUCCCUGGAAAGCAGUGAUGAUGGGCUACAGGCUAGUGUUUGCAAACUGUUGCUUCGCAUGAGUCAGAUAGAAAGAAAACUGGAAUCACUGAAUGACGUGAAGGCUGAGAUUUCUCAAGUACUUUCGGCUUUACAGCGACUGGAUGAAAAGAUCCAGCAGCCGAUUGUUGGCGGCGAUCAAAGCAGCGGUGGUAGAUGGCUUGAGCCUCUCAGUGGUGUUUCCUCUUUUAUGAGUCACCCUAUAACUCCCUCUGAGUCGUCAGAGCCCCAGCCCCUGUCUGCAACUGGGCAUCUGUUUCCAGGGACCAGCUCAAGUAGCCUGGACUGGAGCCGAUGGAACACCACUGUGGAUCAAACGGAGAGCAGCAAAGGUCAAAUGGACUCCAAAGGGCAGAAAGAAGGGAAGGACGCAUCGUCUCGCCGCGCCUCCAAGACCCAGCUUGAAGAAAAAGGUCUCUCUGAUACCAAACAGCUGAACGUCUCCAACUCCGCAAGAGACUGGUCGGUGUCGUUUUCAAAAAGUAAAGACGGUAAAUCAUCACAAAGGAAAAUUGGACAGGGAGAUCAGUCAGACAGCACUACUAACCUGCUUUCCCAAAAGCCUACCAGCAUGGUGGAACAAGUGUUUAGCUCGUCCCUGUUCCGUCAAAAAGAUAGCAGCCUAACAAGGGGGCUUGGCUCUGGGAAGGUCAUUGACCCCAGGCUGGCCGAAGGAAGAGGGAGACCUAUAUGGACUGUAGAUGACAGAGAGGCACGUAUCUCCCCUUUGAACUUACAGGGUCAGGAGUCUCUGAACCCCAACAACAUGGAGUUCUGGAUGGACGACAUCUACACCCCGGGUUACGAUGCCCUGCUCAGGCGUAAAGAGGCUAACCUCCGCCGACUCAAGAUAUGCAAGCUGGUUGCCCUCAUUGCCACUGUUGUGACUAUUAUCCUCAUCAUUGUCAUUCCCAUUUGCACUGUGGGUACAUGAACACCCUCAUAGAGAAUAGACAUUUUCCUAUUUUCUUUCCUUUUAUUAUUGCUUUAUAUAUUUUCAGCAACCAUGUCAUGUACUUGGAAACUUGCACGACAUCCUUAUGAAGAUUAUUACAUGAGAGACCCUGACACUCGGACUCUAAAACUAGACCAGGCAAAAGUCUGAGUACUUGUAUUUGUUAGCAUGAUGCACUUUGGUUUAUUACGACAGAAAAACAGCUUGAAAAUCUUCUCACAUCCCAUUUUUCACCCAUUUGCUGGGUUUUGUUUGAUGAUGUAUGUCAUUAAUGUUUCAGGUGGCUGCAAACAGAAGUCACUGAGUAGGAGAAUAGUUCUGGUUGAACACACUGAAGCUAACAACGCUGAGCCAAUAGACAAACGUUGGUGUCUACCUACUGUUUUCAUUUGUGUCGAUUUCAAUCAUAGUAUUUUGAUUCUGCACUGAGCACUGCCUGACUUGUUCUUGCUGUUCCUUUGAGAACAAAUCAGGGCUUAUGUAACCUUCGUGUAAGAUAAGAGUUUUAUCAGUAGGUGAGAAUUUAGGAGAUUCGUAGUACUGGACGGUGUGUACAUGGGUGUCCUUUUCUUUUAGUUGGAAUUUACUUGAACUUCUUUUAGGCUAAACUACACACUGUUCACAAAAGCUGGAAUCAAUAAAAAAAACAUUAUUUUUUAUA